UGACACUUGUUGCUGCUGUGCGCGCACCACCGGGGAGAGGACACCUGAAUCGCUUCAGCAUUUCUUUUUAGGAUUUCCCGCGGGGAGUGAUGAACUCCAUCGAUCCUCAGUCCCAUCACCAGCACCACCACACCUCCCCUACAGUCGGUUCUCUCCCACCGAAAGGCGCCCAGGAGGCCCCGGAUAUGGCGGCUGCUGUCUACUGCGACAACUUCAGCAGCAUGUACCACCAGCCGAGCCUCCAAGGUGCGCAAAGGCCCGCUGGCUACGGCCUCGGGGACUACGCGUCGUCUCCAAAUCCCUACCUGUGGCUCAACGGGCCGAGCGUCAACUCGUCCGCUUCAUACCUGCACGGCAACAACCCGUCGUUCAUCCCGCCCUCCUACGGCUCGCAGCGGCAGUUCAUAACAAACUCACCUGGAUUCGGCGGGCCCGACCUGGGCUGGCUGUCCAUCGCCAGCCAGGAGGAGCUGCUGAAGUUGGUCCGUCCGCCCUACUCCUACUCGGCGCUCAUCGCCAUGGCCAUCCAGAAUGCGCACGAGAAGAAGCUGACCCUGAGUCAGAUUUACCAGUACGUGGCUGACAAUUUCCCCUUCUAUAAGAAGAGCAAAGCGGGCUGGCAGAACUCUAUCCGGCACAACCUGUCUCUCAACGACUGUUUCAAAAAAGUGCCGAGGGACGAGGACGAUCCAGGGAAGGGGAACUACUGGACGUUGGAUCCAAACUGUGAGAAGAUGUUUGACAACGGAAAUUUCCGCAGGAAAAGGAAAAGACGAUCGGAUCAGAGCAGCGCAGGAGGAGCAGCAGCAGCAGCAGCUGUGGGUGCCACAAAGGUUGAGGAUGGUAGGCCGACAGCGGCCGCCCCACUGAAACCCUCAGACAGUCCUCAGCUCCUGGGGCCUUCCUCCCCAGAGAUGGAAGUGAUGAGCGAGAACCACAAAACUUCCGCAUCUGCGUCCCCGCCUGGACUGGCCUCCUCUGCUCCUUGUUUUAAUAACUUUUACAGCAAUAUGUCCACGCUCAGCUCGGGGGCCCCCAGCCGACAGGGGUCCCUUGGACUGGUGAACGAGCUCUCGAACAGGAACAUAACCGCCCUGAGCCCAUACCACCCCAACCACAGCGGGCAGGACACGGGGCCAUCAGAGCACAGCGAGAGCUUGCAUUUUAACCGUGGAGUGUACUACAACACGUUUGGCGGUGGGCAGAGCGGACAGUUCAACAGUCACUUCUAUAACAGUUUCAGUGUCAACAGCUUGAUCUAUCCCAGGGAAGGCACUGAGCUAUAGGACCUGCUUUAACCACAGCGUCACACUGUUGCAGGGACUUAUUUUUGCUCUAUGACUCAAACGCAUGCUUGCAUGCAUUUAUUUCUGCAGCGAGAUCUAAGUACAGGCUGGGUUGCACUCCACCACAUAAAAAAACACAACACUUCCUUCACCGAUCAACAUGCCAGACAGAUUAAAGAACAUGAAAUAUUAGUUAAUUUAACUUAAAACAUUCAAACGGUGGAAACGUCAGCCUGAAAGUGUAACAAAAAUGAAGCACUUCUCUUUUUUCUUCUUUUUCAUGACUAUAUCAAAGCUCUCAGUGGUUUUUUUUUAAAAAAAAAAAGCCUGCCACUGAAAACUGCAUUUUUUGAAAAACUUUAUUUUAUUUUUUUUUGAAUAUGUUACUUUUGCUUUUUAGAUAAAACCGCUCAAGAUGUAAACAUACAUUUGCCAAGUGUGGCCCAUUUUUCUCCGGAGCAGCCAAAUUCUUAUAUCAGAUCACAUAGUUGAGUCGCAGUCAAUGCAAAUCUGCCAAAGUUGCCUUCGUGAGACCGCCAUUACCUCAAAACAACAAUCACAUGACAUGAAAGUGCCCAAUACUACGACAGGUUUCUUUGUAUAUUUAGACACAUAAUAACUGAUUUCACAGACAAGUAAACUUAAACGGGGCUUGCCUUAUUUUUUUAAUAUCUCCAUGUUGACUAAAACUGCAGCACUAAGGCUCAUUUAAAUACGCGUGUGCUUUAUAAAUAUGUAUUUUUUGUAAAUUAUGAAAGUAGUUGGUGACUAUUUAUGCUAUUUAUGCAAAUAGGCUUUUUUAUCUACUGUUGUCUGAACAUAGUUUGGUUAAAGCAGAAUAUUAGCUUUGCAAAACGCAGAAGAAAUGCUCUCACUAAACCCCCAGAUCUGUACAUUAAAAGCUAUAUCCUAUACUAUGGUUUCACUCAGGAUUCAAUGUGACAAUCACUGAAUGGCUUAUGUAUCUUCUGUUGCCUUUGUUUUUCUUUAUACGUUAUAUUCAGCACAUGGGCAGAUUCAUCUGCCAUCACAAAUAAAUGCUGUGUGCUAUCUACUGUAUUGCCAUGCAUCCUUUUAAACAGGGCAUGAGGUGCAUUCAGGUCUUCAUUGUAAUUUAAAUGUAUUCCCCAUAAAUUUGCUUUAAUUUAAUAAUCAGUUGUAAAGUCAAACAACUUGCAUAAAAAAAUACUAUGAACAUUUUUUUUAGUUUGUCAUGUUCACCUAUUAUUUACAUAUUAUUUUUAUUGUGUGGGUCUUUUCAAGUUCCUUUUCCAGCUUUUAUUAAUAUUCUGCACGUACUCAGAGUUUAACAAGAAUCUGCAUUGCUCGCUGCUUAAAAGCAAUAUGGCUUGAGUGUAGUGGUUUAAAGUCAAGUUUACAGCACGACUCUUUUAUUCUGUUUAGUCCAUUUUUCUUACUUUCAGAUCAGCGAUUAGUGUUUGUGGGGUGGUUUUUGCUCUCAGAAGACAAUUUUAGUACCAGGUAGUUUGCCUGCUUAUACUGGGCCUCCUCUUGCCUCUAUCUGCCACUGCUAAUGGUGUUCAAUAAGUAAAAAUAAAUAAAUAAAUAAAAUGACACCAAAACAAAAAUUGUUCCUAAAAAUAAGGAAAGUUUUACGGAUGCUUUCACAUUUCCUUAGAAUUUGGGAAAUUCCCCAGAAAGAAGUAUGCAGUUUUGUACUAAUUAUAAGGAAAAGUGAGACAACUUCAAACUUCCAGUGAAAGACCUCCAGUGAAUUAUUGGCAAGGCUAAAGUGUCAGCUGAUCUCCAGAUUGCGAUAUUCAUCUAGAGGAAAUCAAAACGCGGAGAGUUAAGUUUCCAGUAAGGAGUUAAACGAAAUGUUUCUCUGAGGAAAAUUAAUCCUCGAAACUUUCAACACGUACAUUUCUGAAG